GUUCUAAAAAGCCGUUAGGGAGUUGGAGAAUGAAACCCAGUCCAAUUUGAGAAGAGAAAGUGGCACUGCGGAUAUGGAUUUGCUGAUCCCCAAUAUGCGCGCUUUUCCAAUCUCAUCAGGAACGCCCCACACUCUCUUCUUCCGCGAUGGGGGUACCUCCCCCGGCGCUACCGCCGCCGCGAAUAGAAUCAGAAGUCCUAGCUCCUCUAGCUCCUCCCAUGCCUUGGUAGGUGCUGCCGCUGCUGCUGCCGCCUCUCCGAAGCUCUUUUCCUACAAAUUUGGGUACUCUAAUGAGGAUUCCACCUCCUUCGGCGGCGAUGCUGAUGGUGAUGAAGAGAUUGAGGUAGAGAAGCUUGAGAACAAUGGCGUGGAAGAGGUUGAGAUAGAGAAGCUCGGAAACAACUCUCGGAGGAUUCGAUCCAAAAUUGUUAUUGAUGCUAACCUCCACACUGUUUGGAGCAUUUUGACUGAUUAUGAGGGAUUGGCCGAUUUUAUUCCGGGCCUCGCAGUCAGCCAGUUGGUUGAAAAAGGAGAGAAAUUCGCUCGACUUUUUCAGAUCGGACAGCAAGAUUUGGCAUUUGGACUGAAAUUUAAUGCCAAAGGAAUUGUAGAUUGCUAUGAGAAAGAUCUUGAGAGUCUCCCUUUCGGUGAAAAGCGUGAUAUUGAAUUUAAGAUGAUUGAAGGUGACUUUCAAAUUUUUGAAGGAAAAUGGUCUAUUGAGCAGCAUUACUAUUCAAUCCUUGCAAUGGCUGUUUCUACAAUUCGGUUGAGAUUCUGUUGGUUCAGAUAGAUAACACUAGUGUUAGAUAUGUGGAUAUGGUGAGUUGCUCAGUCUUGUGUAUGUUUGCACCAACUUGAGAGGGGAGGAAAAGUAUCUUUUUGUGGUAUUCUUGGCAUUUCUUGUGCUGUAUUUGUAAUUUAAAAAUUCAGGGCUGGAGAGUGUACAGUACUUCUUUCUUCUUCCGUUCUCUUCUUCUUCUUUAGUUAAGGGUCUCGGUUUUAUAAAAUAUUGAAUCAGUAUAAUUAUUACGGCAAUUGCAUCUACGACGUGGCUUGCAUUCAACUACAUAAAGCAGGAUUUUGUGAUCCAUAUUCAAGAGUGAUGAUUUUAAGAAAUGAUGACUGUUGCAGCGCAAUACAAAUACAUGGGAAGGCAAAGAUUCCUCGGUAGGCCAAGAAUUUUACACUACUCUUACAUAUGUAGUUGAUGUGGAACCGAAGCGGUGGUUGCCUGUCUACCUUGUUGAAGGAAGGCUCAGCAGGGAGAUAAAAAUGAACCUUACGUGCAUUCGAGAAGAAGCAAAGAAAAGAACUCACAACCCCCUUUCUGCUCAGUAGAGUUGUCCCUAUUCCUGAGUAUUUCAUGUAAGUAUGUCAGCUCAAUAAUAUAAUUGAUCAACAACCAACAUAUUUUUUUGCCUGAUUAUGUAUCUUUUUUCCUAUGUUA